ACUAAAUAAUCAAGCAAUUUUUUUUUUUUUAUUUUCAUCUCUUCUUCGUGACUGCAAAAUCCCUAAAUUAAUCAAAUUAGAAGGAGAGAAAAAAACGAAAAUAAAAGGUUUCAAGAAUCACAAAUCUUCCGAAUCGAAUUAAUUCAGUUUCAGGUUUUCUUGAGCUUAGAAACGUUUCGUUUUUGCACCACGAUAUGGCAGUUGCAUCAGAGGAGAGCUCAACUUUAUGCGAUCACUGUAAAAGAGACAUUCCUUCUUUGAACUUCAAUUUGCAUAUUGCACAUUGCUCUCGGAAUCUUGAAAAAUGUAAAGUUUGUGGUGAUAUGGUCCCAAAAAAGCAUUAUGACGAACACUUCUCAAAUAUGCAUGCUCCGGUGGCCUGUUCACUUUGCAGCGAGUCAAUGGAGCGUGAAGUUCUAGCAAUACAUAAAGGUGAAAACUGUCCUCAAAGGAUUGUCACAUGCGAAUUCUGUGAUUUUCCAUUGCCUGCCAUUGAUCUGGUUGAGCAUCAGGAGGUAUGCGGGAACCGCACAGAACUUUGUCAUCUGUGCAAUAAAUAUAUUAGAUUGCGAGAAAGAUUCAAGCAUGAGACUGGAUGCACUGGUGUGUCAAAUAAUAAUGUUGGAUCUUCCAGGGAUGUGAGGGAAGCUGAAAGACCACAAGGUGCUCCAAGAAGGCAGCCACGACCACCACGAGAUUAUUCACCGAGACGGAUUAUGUUCACCAUUGCAUUUGCAGGCAUUGCUGUUCUAUUAGGGUCACUUUUUUUCCAGAGAAAAACAGAGAAUUAAUACAAUGCAUUAGCUCGGAAGGUACAGGUUAGGGCUUAUGUAAAUCACACAUCUUUGAGGCUACAUAUUCCAUUUAUGUGGACGUGUAAUCAACAACUGAGGGCAUACCGUUGUUACUGUUAAAACUCAUUUGGGUCGUGGACAGCUGGAGUAUUCUGCAAAUUUACCGACAUUUCUACUUUUUUUUUAUUUAUAAAUACAGCUUGUAGAAUGAACUUGCAAUUAAAACAAUUAAAUUUAAAAAAUGUAAUGUAACUGAAUGGAAUGCGAUAAUUUGAUUUCUGUA